AUGCCUGCAGGAUCAGAUUUAUUGGACCGAUUAAAAUCUGAGCACACACGAAAUGACGCAUUGGAUGACUUGAAACGUUUUCUCUCGGAUAACGAUCCUAAUAUCAAAAGUAACAUAUUGUAUAAUUGUAUCAGCUAUAUUGCCUCGCACACCUACCAUUUUACCGACAGACAAUACGAAGAACUUGCUAGUCUCGCGAUAUCUAAUAAGGUGCUCACAACAAAACAGAAAUCGAAUAUUGAAUCUUGGAUCGACAAUCGAGAUGACCUUAUCGAGGAAAAAGGAAGUGGGAUGCAUUACGUUCCUUAUGAUGGGCCGGAUGAUAUCGAUAGGUAUCUAGGACAUGGAGAAUUUGAUGAUGACGCUGGAUAUUAUGUGUGUGAUUAA